AUGGAGCAGCUAGAGGCCGACAUAAAGGAGCUGGAAAGUGUACCUACCAACACGGAGACAUUAAAAACUAAAAAACAACAACUAAACUCCUUUCUCCAGGAGAAGGCCAAAGGAGCUCUGGUUCGAGCUCGGUUCCAGAAAUUAAAAGAUAUAGACGCACCCACCACUUUCUUUUUUAAUCUGGAGAGAUCCGUGGCCCAGGGGAAGCAGAUGGUGGGUCUCCGGCUGCCGGAUGGGAAUAUAACAGCAGAACCAGCCGAGAUGAGGAGACACUCGGUGGAGUUUUAUUCCGACCUGUUUGGGGCAGAGGAGUGUGACGCUGAAGCUGUGGCCGAGUUGCUGCAAGACCUCCCACAGCUGAGUCCAGGUGAGAGGGACAUCCUGAGCUCGGACAUCACUCUGGAGGAGCUGACCACUGCAGUUUCGCAGAUGGCUGCAGGCAAGUCACCAGGUUUGGAUGGAUUACCGGCAGAUUUUUUAAAACAUUUCUGGAACAGUAAGGGACAGGAUCUGCUGGAUGUCUUGAAGGAGUCGUUUGGGAAGGGGCUUCUUCCAGCCUCCUGCAGACGAGCUGUGGGGGGAGGGCUGAGCAGACCUGUACCAGUUGAAAGAGGGAUAAGGCAGGGAUGCCCCAUCUCAGGCCAACUUUACAGUGUGGCCAUCGAACCGCUCCUGUGUCGGCUCAGGACUCGGCUGAAAGGCCUGCGUCUGCCUGAGCUGGCUCACAGCCCCCCGAUAGUAUCAGCUUAUGCGGACAUCUUUGUCAAGGAUCAGCAAGACAUCCAAGAAUUAGAGGGCAGUCUGUCAUUGUAUGCGAAGGCUUCGUCAGCAAAAGUGAACUGGGGUAAGAGUGAGGCCUGUGUGAUUGGUCAGUGGGACGCAGGGAGAGUACCCCGUCUCCCUGGGAACCUGACAUGGGGAAUAAAAGGGUUAAAAGUCCUCGGCUUGCAUAUCGGCAGUGAAGAGAUAGAGAGGCAGAACAAGGAGGGAGUGCUGGGGAAGGUGCAGGUCAAGUUGUCUAAAUGGAAAUGGUUGCUACCCCAGUUGUCCUACAGGGGAAGAAGUCUGAUAGUCAAUAACCUGGUUGCAGCAUCCCUGUGGCACAGACUCUAUGUGCUCACUCCUCCACCGGGACUCAUGGAGCAACUACAGAGGCUCCUGGUCGACUUCUUCUGGUCGGGUCACCACUGGGUGCGGGCGUCCGUGCUGUACCUCCCUGUGGCAGAGGGGGGCCAUGGACUAACCGACAUCAUCGCCAGGACUGCUGCCUUCAGACUGCAGGCAGCCCAGAGGCUCCUGUACGGCCCCACACUGUGCUGGUCGGCUGUGGCACGCCUGCUGCUCUGGAGAGCCGGGGGCCUUGGUUAUGACAAACAGCUGUUCCUGUUGAACUCUCCGCAGCACAAACUAACUGGACUCACAGGAAGUAGAACCCUCCUCAACAGGAUCUACACUGAGCUCUACAUCACAGAGGGACAGAGUGAAGAGGUUAAUACUCAACAUGAGGUGAGGCAGCUUGAGACGGCUUCCAAGAUGAAGAUCCUCCAUGACACUCCCAUCAGGUGCCACGACAUCUUUAAAGCCUCCACUGACCAGCAGAGCAGCAUCAGAGUCGUCCUGACCAACGGCGUCGCUGGCGUUGGAAAAACCUUCUCGGUGCAGAAGUUCACUCUGGACUGGGCAGAGGGUUUAGAGAACCAGGAUGUGGGUCUGCUGACUGUGCUUUCGUUCAGGGAGCUGAACCUGGUGAAGGACCAGCAGCACAGUCUCCUCACGCUGCUCCGUGUUUUCCAUCCAGCGUUACAGAAGCUCACGGCAGAGACGCUCGCUGUCUGUAAACCUUUGUUCAUCUUUGACGGCCUGGAUGAAAGCAGACCUUCUCUGGACUUCAACCACAGGGAGCUUGUGUCUGAGGUCACACAGAGGUCAUCAGUCAACGUGCUGCUGACAAACCUCAUCCGGGGGAAUCUGCUUCCCUCGGCUCUCGUCUGGAUAACCUCCAGACCUGCGGCGGCCAAUCAGAUCCCUCCUGCAUGUGUUGACAGGGUCACAGAAGUACGAGGCUUCACUGAGGCCCAGAAGGAGGAGUACUUCAGGAGGAGAUUCAGUGAUGAAGAGCUGUGCAGCAGAAUCAUCUCACACAUCAAGACGUCCAGGAGCCUCCACAUCAUGUGUCAAAUCCCAGUCUUCUGCUGGAUCAGUGCUACAGUUCUGGAGCACAUGUUGACCACAGACCAGAGAGGAGAGCUGCCCAAGACCCUGACUGACCUGUACUCACACUUCCUGCUGGUUCAGACAAAGAGGAAGAACAACAAGUACGGUAAGAAGAGGGCUGACAGGGACGUUCUCCUGAAGCUGGGGAGGCUGGCACUUAAACAUCUGGAGGAAGGAAACAUCAUGUUCUACCAAGAAGACCUGGAGCGGUGUGGUCUUAAUGUCACAGAGGCCUCGGUGUACUCAGGAGUUUGUACUGAGAUCUUUAGAAAAGAGUGUGUGAUCUUCCAGAAAUCAGUCUACUGCUUUGUUCAUCUGAGCGUUCAGGAGUUUCUGGCUGCAGUCUACAUGUUCCACUGUUACACCAAGAGGAACACAGAAGAACUCAACAACUUCUUUGGAACAUGUAUGAAAACAGACAGUACCUUCUCCCUGAAUGACAUGCUGCAGAGAACCAUGAGGAAAUCCCUCACCACUACAAAUGGUCAUCUGGACCUGUUUGUUCGCUUCCUUCACGGCCUCAGUCUGGAGUCCAACCAGAGAGUCUUAGGAGGCCUGCUGGGUCGGAGACGGAACAAUCCAAAGAUCAUCCAAAAAGUCAUCAACAACCUGAAGGAGAUGCAGAGUGAUGACAUUUCUCCUGACAGAAGCAUCAACAUCUUCCACUGUCUGACUGAGAUGAACGACCACUCAGUUCAUCAGCAGAUGAAACAGUUCCUGACGUCAGAGAACAGAUCAGAGGAGAAACUCUCUGGGAUCCACUGCUCAGCUCUGGCCUACAUGCUGCAGAUGUCAGAGGAGGUUCUGGAUGAGUUUGACCUGCAGAAGUUCAACACAACAUUCCAGGGUCAAUGGAGACUGAUCCCAGCUGUGAGGAACUGCAGGAAGGCUCUACUCGGUGGUUGUCGACUCUCAGAGACUCACUGUGAAGUCGUGGCCUCAGCUCUGAAGUCAGACCCCUCACAUCUGAGAGAACUGGAUCUGAGCUUCAACACCCUGCAGGAUUCAGGAGUGAAGCUGCUGUGUUCUGGACUGGAGAGUCCAAACUGUCGACUGGAGACUCUGAGGUUGGAUCACUGCAGACUCACAGAGAUCAGCUGUUCUUCUCUGGCUUCAGCUCUGAGGUCAAACCCCUCUCAUCUGAGAGAACUGGAUCUGAGUGACAACGACCUGCAGGACUCAGGAGUGAAGGAGCUGUGUGGUUUUCUAAAGAGUCCAACCUGUCGACUGGAGACUCUGAGGUUGAAGGACUGCAGUCUGUCAGAGAUCAGCUGUUCUUCUCUGGCUUCAGCUCUGAGGUCAAACCCCUCUCAUCUGAGAGAACUGGAUCUGAGUAACAACAAGCUGCAGGACUCAGCAGUGAAGGAGCUGCUUGAUCUACAGCAGAGUCCAACCUGUCGACUGGAGACUCUGAGGUGGGAGUCUUUGUGGAGCUGAGUGUGAAGAGGACAGUGUGUGUGGACGGAGGCUGAGCUGUGUCCUGAGGAUCCAGAGGCUGAAGCAGCAGCAGCUUGUGUGUAGUCUCCAAUCUACACAACCCCUAAUCUGCAUGUGUUUGUGAGAUGAAGCCGGAGCACCUGGAGAAAACACGUGGAGAACAUGCAGACUCCACACAGGAAGACCCAUCUGAACCGGAUUCAAACCAGCAACCUUCCUGCCCCGAUUGUGUUUAUUCA